CGUGGACAGACAGCAGCACGGGAGAGGAGGAGGGACGGGACAGUGGCCACUGCUCGUCGCUCGUCUCUCUCUGUGAUCUUCGUCUGGUGCCUCUGAGUUGCGUGCGUAUGUGUGUCAAUCGGAUGUGCCUGCUCAGCGCUUGAGCUUCAUCGCUGCUACUCUUCGCGGAGCCGAUCGAGGAGCGCAUUGGCACCAGCCGAAUAGCAGGUGUAGAAAUCGUCUGCUGUUGUCUCGAGCGUUUGUUUGGUCGAUUUGCGUGGAGUGGCGUGCCUACGGUAGGACUGGCUGUUGAUCUGGUAGCUUCGAGGAAUUCGGAUAUGAUUGGAAGGGCGGAGUUGCACACGUCUUAGUUAGGACCCGGGUGCAAGCGGGAGCGCGAGAGCGAGAGCGAGACGCUGAGGACCAGGGCAGGUCACGCUGAUGAUGGGGGAGGAGAAGAAGAGGAAGGGGCGUGAGACUCACUUCCGGGUUUGAUUGCGAUUGCGGAGAUCGGGAGAUGUUGUGAUUUCAUUGAGAAUCCGCGGGAGUCGAAAGAGUUCCCGGGACCUCGGCCCUCUGAGGGCCAUGUCUCAAAGCAAAGAGGUUUUACAGUCCUCUGGAGUUUCAGCUCCUAAAGAUCUGUUCGAUCUUGCUAUUGAGUCGCCAAUAGUUACUGUCGAGUCACCUGCCACUGAAGAUCUUUUUGCCGAUCUUACUCCUAGUGACAAGUUUGUCGAUGCUUUCGAGCAAGCAGAUGAAAACCUUGGGCGAGUUUCUGGAGAUUUGAAUAUCGAAAUUAGUAAAGAGAAUGGAGAAAUGGAAACGUCGGUUGAUAGAGAGGGAAAAUCUGAAAUGGAUGAAGUGGUGAUGGCUAAGGCGUUGAUCAACGGAUUGCACGAAAGGGAGAAUCUGGACGUCGUAUCCGAGACCAGGACUGAGCAAACGGAUCAGCGAGAGUCUGAGGCAACAGGAAAUGCCAUGCCUGAUAAUGCCGUGCCUCAUGGCGAGGAGAACCAUCCUUCGUCUGGUUUUGAUGGUCAGGUGGUCAGUCACACUAGAUCUCAUCAAAAGACUGACAAUGGCGGUGGUAAAGUGCAUGGAGGUGGAGCUGACGAACACCGGGCACAGGGUGGAAGGCCAUCGGAUGUGCCGGACAACUACCCAAGCCGAACCCCAAGCGGGACGAGCAUUGUUGGAGAUGUUCUCUACGGCAUCGCCUCCGAAGAUGAAGAAGGUCGAUCUCGACAACGCAUUUUAGCAUUUGCUGCUAAGCGAUACUCGAAUGCUGUCGAAAGGAACCCGGCCGACCACGACGCUUUGUACAACUGGGCUUUAGUUCUACAGGAAAGUGCAGAUAAUACAGGACCGGAGGUUGGUAAUGCAGGGAAGGAUGCGUUGCUCGAGGAGGCAUGUAAAAAGUAUGAAGCAGCUACUCAUUUGUGCCCCACCUUACAUGAGGCCUUUUACAAUUGGGCGAUCGCUAUCUCCGACCGUGCCAAGAUAAGGGGUCGAACGAAAGAGGCCGAGGAUUUGUGGAAGCAGGCUUGUGAGAGAUACGACAGAUCUGUGCAGCUUAAUUGGAACAGUCCGCAGGCACUGAAUAACUGGGGCCUUGCCCUUCAGGAGCUUGGAGCCAUUGUUCCCAUCAGAGAUAAAAGAGCAAUUGUUAAGAAGGCUAUCAGGAAGUUCCGCGCAGCUAUUCGACUUAGAUUUGACUUUCACCGAGCUGUGUACAAUCUAGGGACCGUUCUGUAUGGCUUAGCAGAGGAUACUGUGAGGAGUGGACGUAAGCCUACUGUGAGGGAGUCUGCACCAAAUGACCUGUACAGUCAGUCCGCUAUUUAUAUUGCUGCUGCCCACGCACUAAAGCCUGACUACCCGGUUUAUCAAAGUGCUCUUCGCCUUGUCCGUUCCAUGCUACCUUUGCCUUAUUUGAAGGCUGGUUACUUGACUGUACCACCUGUUCGGGACUCUCUUGCUCCCCAUAGUGACUGGCAACGCCUGUGGUUUGUGCUUGAUCACGAGGCUUUGCACGAGAUUGAAAAGGUCGACCGUAAAUCUAUCUCGCGUAGUAUGUCAAGAAGACCCACUGGCGGUGGAGGUGUGGACAGUCCUGUUGCAAGCACCUCCAGUAGGCCAUCAGUGCUGAGAAUAGAAAUGGAGGACAUCGUAUUCAUGACACCAUGCGCCGAUUUAAGUCUGCCCCCAGGCGGUGGCUUCCGCAUUGAUACUCUUACAGGUCACCAAUUUUUGAUUGCAGAUACAUGGGAAAGUAUGGAUGGAUGGGUUGACGCCAUUCGCCUCGUUUAUACUAUAUUUGCCCGCGGAAAGAGGGAUGCUCUUGGUGGAGUACUUGCGGGCUGAACUAAUUUAUCUGACGCAGCAUCUGUAGAUCUUAUCACAGAUCAGAUCUAAUAAAGUAAAUACAUUAGUGGAGGAGUCCUCAUGCUUAUUGAUAGAGUAGGCAUUUAAUGACGGGACUUAGAGUUGUUCUUCACAAAGAGCUAUGCCCUUUUCUUUAAAAGUUACCAAGGAUUUCUAGGGUUCUAAUCACAUGGGAUUAAAUUCUUGAAUUAUCUCCAUAAGGCUGUUGGCUUUGUCUAAAUUUCUGUCUUUCAAGAGUUGCACUUAAUCAACACAGUUCUUCCUAUGUCCAACUUGGCUGCAUCCAGAGCACUAUAAAAAAAAUCAGCACGAGUUUCGACUUUUUGCCCAUGAGUAGUGUACAAUCGCAAUUGUAUCGAUUCUCAAAUCGCAUGCUUUUCUGGAUGCAAUUCUUGCGUCAGCAAUUGCACUAAUCACAUUGCCACUUGUCUCGGUUUUUGUUUAAUUGUGCUGAACAAUAAGAGAUUUAUUUUUCAGCAUAUAGUUGUCGUGAAAUGUAAUGAAACGAGAGUAUCAGAGCCGGAAGAAAAGAGUUUUGUAUUCCUCUAACUUAACUACGCCACUCCAC